CCAUAACUUACACUGUAAAAGGAGAUCCGAGAACCUGCCACGAACCUGCCACGAACCAUCCACCAGUCACAGCGACGUGCCAUGGAUCCUUCCCGUACUUGCCCCUGCCAAAGCCAGGGUUAUUUCCUGUCCAUCCUGCGGAAUGACAGUCACAACAACAAUCCCGAUAAUCCCGAUGCCGAUGCUGCGACCCGAUGGUGCUCCCGAUGCAAACGGCGCGCCGCGACCCAGGCUCUCCGUCCCCGCCCAAAUCCUCCCCCAGAUUGGUGGGCCAGCUCUUAUUCAAAUGACAACCCAGACCCCGUCAUCACCGAUGAUGAUCGCUUCUGGUACAGCGACGAGCGACUCGAACAACGACGGGCCAAGCAACGUCGACGCGAACAGAGGGACGAGGCCCUCCGUUUGCAGUGGGCGCUGCGUCAGUAUCGCGAGGCCGAACGCCUUCGACUCUUGAGACAGGAGAAGGAACGGGAGCUUGAGCGGUGGGAUAGGGACGACGAGCGCGAGCGGCGAGUUUUGAGGAAGGUGCUGACAAUGGAGACGAGUGGGGAGUUGAAAGAGCAGUUUGGGUCGUUGGGUUCGCCGGAGCAGACGGAUCAAGAGGUGGACUUGUGGUUGCAACAGCAGCGUCAGUUGCAGGAGCAGCAGGAGCAGCAACGAGAGCUGGAACAGCAACAGCAGCGUCAGUUGGAGGUGCAGCAGCAGCAACAGCUAGAACAGCAACGCCAGCAACAGCGUCAGUUGGAGUUGCAGCAGCAGCAACAACAGCAACAACUAGAACGGCAACAGUGGCUACAAGAGCAGCGGCUGCAGCAAGACCGGGAUAUAUGGCUACCGCACCCAGGCCAUAACCCACUCCUCCACUUCCAGCAACUGCAGCAACAAUGGCGUCAGCAACGGGAAGAGCAACUACAGCAACAGUGGCGACAGCAGCAGCUAGUGCAACUGCAGCAGUCCCAGGGUCGGGUCUUUGGGCCUUGGACUCCAUGGCCUUAUUAGCUGCCAUGGCCAUAUGGAUGUGGUGACAUGGGAAAUAGGUAUUUGACACAAUGUGACAGAUGAUUUUGAAAGAAUUGUUGGGUAAUAUGAGACGAUGAGCGG